CCACACCAAACUCCCCUGUCACAUGGCCUCUUUUUCCUUCCCUUCCUUCUCCUAAAUAAGGAAUUUCAGUGAAGAAAAGGAGAAAGAGCAAAGGGGCGGGUCAUAGAGUGAAAUAAGAGGACGUGAAGGCGUAUCUCUUCCUCCAAAUGCCUCUUUUCUCUCCAACGUGGUGAAGUCAUAUAUCUCAGACCAGGGUGUUUGCAGUAUUUACCUUGGCAACCUGCGGAGUGCACAGUGUAGCGUGGAGAAAGAAUUAGAUAAGAGAGGGAGGAGAGCAGCGCUAAACAAGUGGUGUACCUGCACUCACCUGAACGCUACAAAAAAAUCAACAUGGCAAACAGAGGCCAGGCCUACGGUCUCAGCCGCGAGGUGCAGAACAAGAUUGAUAAGAAAUAUGACCCGGAAUUGGAGGAAACGCUGGUGGAGUGGAUCAUUGCCCAGUGUGGACCCAAAGUGGGGAAGCCUGAGUCAGGCAGAUCUGGCUUCCAGGAAUGGCUAAAGAACGGAUCUGUGCUGUGUGAGCUCAUCAACAGCUUGCAUAGCGGCACCAAGCCAAUCAAGAAUAUAAAGAACUCUGGAAUGGCCUUCACACAAAUGGAGCAAAUCUCCAUAUUCCUAAAAGCUGCGGAAAGCUACGGAGUCACUAAAACGGACACCUUCCAAACAGUUGACCUCUUUGAAAACAAGGAUCUGGCAGCUGUCCAGAGGACCUUGGCGGCUCUGGGUAGCUUGGCUGUCACAAAGAACGAUGGAAAUUACAAAGGAGACCCCAGCUGGUUCCACAAGAAGUCCCAAGAGAACAGGAGAGAUUUUUCCGAGGAGCAGCUGAGCGAAGGCAAGAACGUCAUCGGCUUGCAAAUGGGCACAAAUAAGCUGGCGUCUCAAGCUGGCAUGACGGGCUACGGAAGACCCAGACAAAUCAUCAACAACAACAACAACAACAACAACUGAAUCCCACAUGUUUUGACAUUCCCUCUGCCGGCAAAGAUAGAGAAACCCAUGACUCAUCUUCAGGCCGUGAGGACAAAUGUGACCUGUCUGUUUUACAGACCAAACUGGACCAAAACAGGGACCAACGAGACCAUGUGCACAUAUGACAAUGACAACACAUGUAAAUAUCGAUUGGUUAAGAGCAUUUGACAUGAUCUCACCUUAUCUGCUAAAAGUACAUAUUCUGCAUGUUUCAUUUCAAGUCUUCUACCGAGGGAUGCAUUCAAGGACAUCUGAGAUUUGUUUUCUUUUGUCACAAUACACAUGUUGGAUAUUAUUUUGUUUUUUGAGUUCAAAAUUACAGCAAUGUUACAUUUACAGCAGCAGUGCAGCCUGACUAUGAUAAAAUGAGGUCAUGCAAAAGAGGAAAUUGGACGCAGUACCAAACCUACUGCUGCAUUUCUGUUGACAAUAAUAUUUUUCUAAUCAAAAGUGUUGGGCCCUCUUUUGGUUUCAUACAUUGAAAAUGAGUUCAAAAUAAAGUUCAUUUUAACUCUUAAGAAGCCUCUGUGAUGAAUCAGUAAUAGAAAAAUGCAACCACUGCAUAGCAGACAUAUACUGUAGAUGUCAUUGAAGGGGACUACAGUAAUCCCUCGUUUAUCGCGGUUAAUCGGUUCCAGACCCGACUGUGAUAAGUGAAUGAAGUAGGAUUCCUUAUUUAUAAAUUGAAUAUUUUCAUAGAGCAUAGAAAACCUGUUUAUGACCUAAAUGUUUUUAACAGAGCCUUCUAGACAUGAAAUAACACCCCUAUAGUCACCUUUACACAUAUUACCCAAUAUAUCAACCAUAAUAAGACUCGUUCUCGUGUGUGUUGCUAUAAAUGUGUUCCCUAGAGGAGAUGGCGGGCGGACAGGAAAUUAAGUUGGGGGUUUUAGCUUGGCGUGGGUUACUGCAGCAACAGUAUCCCGUGUUUUUAUUAGGAAUUUUUAUUAGGAAUUAUUGUUCCUGUUGUGAGAUCAUUCAA